AUGUCUUCUGAUACUACCUCUAGCAAGAUAUUAACUGAUGACUAUUGCAAAUGGCAUGCUAAUUUAGUUGAUUUACCAAGUUCUCAGACAGAUAAAAUUCAUUCUAGAUUAUAUAAAGCAUAUAUGGAAGAGACUGGACUCGAUCCUUGGAUAAAGUCUGAAACUUCUGAAUUCCCACAAAGUGAAAAUGCUGAUAAUCGUAUCAUAGAAGACAGCUCGUUGGAAACUCAGAUAAUGGCGUCAAACAAAAAUCACCUUUAUCAGUAUGCCAUCGAACAUGGAAUAAAUCCCAAAGAAUUUUCGAUUAUUACAGGGGUUGAGAAAAAUAGAUGGACCACGGGAUGUUUUCAUGGGGAUUUGAAAAGAGAUAUACAUUUCUAUCGUGGUGAAAUAGAAAGAAAAGAAGACCCUAGAAAAUAUCGUAAAUUUUUAACAGAUCGGGAGAGGCUAGUCGGUGAAGACUUAUUACGUCACAGUAUACUAAAAAGUGGUUUGAGUACUGCAUGGCUCGAUGAUCUUAUGGAAGAAUAG